UUAUAGAAAUUCUCAUGCUCUUCAAUUUUUAGUUCCUUAUAUAUAUGAUUAGAUAAUCUCAACUGAAGCAUUGACUGUAUAAACGUUGACGAGAAGUUUGAGAUUUAAUUACAAUCAUAUCUCUAGGAGUGGAAGGGGGUUGAGAGGUUUGACUUGCAUGCGUGUGCAUUUACUUAAUCUGAAUUUGUGAUCUGUAGAAGAAGAAGAAGAGAAGUUUCACUAUAAAAACUUGUUGAAAUUAGUUUCUUUUCUCCAUCAAGGAAAAAGGCAAAAAGAGUGAGAUGGAGGAUCAAUUAGGUGGAAGAUCAUCGGGAGAAAAUGAUCGGAAUCGAAGAAUGAAGAUGCCGGAAAACAACUCAUCUUCUCCGGCACAACCACCGCAGCCACCACUGCAGAAAUGCCCUCGUUGUGAUUCAAACAACACAAAGUUUUGCUACUACAACAACUACAGUUUGACUCAACCUCGCUAUUUCUGCAAGACGUGUAGGAGGUACUGGACUCAAGGUGGAACCCUAAGGAACGUCCCCGUCGGCGGUGGUUGCCGUAAAGGUAAACGCACAAUGAAGGGCGGUGGUUCAUCUUCAUCAGCUGGUGAAAGUUCAUCUAGAUCUCAUCAUCAGAUACUACAUCCGCCGCAGAUACCGAAUUUAUCAGCUGCUUUUUUCUCAGGUAACAAUCCAAGAUCUCAACCGCCGCCACUUCCGUCAAUGAGUUCUCUGUAUACCGGUGGUGGUGGUGGAGGAUUUUUAUCUUCUUUAGCUGCCAUGCAAUCAAUGAGUCAAUUAUCACAAGGUAUCAAUAAUCAAUCUCAGCUUGGGCUAAUUUCAGGCAGCAAUAAUAAUAACAAUCAAUUUGGUAAUUUCAAUAUUCCAACUCCUCCUCCUCCUAAGGUUCAAAUCAGUCAACAAAUGGAAAGUACUGGAUUUUACCAAAAGCCCAAUUUGGAAUCAUCUUUUUACCCAUCUGAUCAAACGUUGCAGUUUCAACCUACAAGGCCUUUGGGUUCAUGGACACAAAGGUUCAUCAACAACAACAACAAUAAUAUUUGGCCGAAUAGCUCAGCCAGUAGCAGCGGAGCUGCUACUGAUAGCAGUUCCGCUGCUGGUGCAUCUCUUGGCCCAAAUGAUCAUCAGUGGCCCGAUCUUCCAGGGUUCGGCCCAUCUCCAUGAGAUUUUAUAGGGUUUCUUCGCUUUAUUUUAAAGAUUUUCCUCAACUUUGAUCUAUCUUCAUCAAGAGGAAAUUAAUGGGAGAUUCAAUGGUAAUUAAGGUUCUUUAAUCUCUGCGCUUUUUUAGUAAAACGCAGAAAAUAUAAUACAAAGAGACAUGAAGGGGGGAAAAAAGGGGUUAACCUUAGCUUAGCUAGCUAAAAUUAUUGUAUGAUGUAUUUACCUUCUUAUAGAGAAAUUCUGGAUUGGGUUAGGUUUGUAUUUUUCAAACUUUUGAUCUAAAAAGUUAAAUGUGUUUGUAUGUUA